UUACCUGCAGAACUCAUUUGUGUAUUGAAAUACAACGGUUGAGAAUUACAUCAACAGAUCAAUCUAUCACUUAGAUUAUUUGCUAUAGUGGCUGACAUCAGAUGCAUAAGGUUCCCUAUCACAAAUGGCAUGCGCGCAUUACAGCAGGGAACUGUUGUAUGCAACCAUAUCUUCAUAUUUAUUAGUAUAUACCAGCAACAAGACAAUCAAACCCUCUCUUGACAAUUACAAGUAACUUAGUAGUCAUAUAUAUAUAUUAGAGUAGUGUACGCCUAAGUCUUCAUGAAACAGCAGCAAUUACUUGGACUUAAAUACCCAUUUCCAGCAAGAAUCUGAGAGAGAGGGAGAGAGAAAAAAAAAGAUGGUGCAAGAUGAAAUCAGAAAGGGUCCCUGGACAGAACAAGAGGACAUCCUUCUGGCGAACUUUGUUCACUUAUUUGGAGAUCGACGAUGGGAUUUUAUAGCCAAAGUUUCAGGUUUGAAGGUGUGGCGGGAGACAAUGAAAUAGGUUUGAACCGAACUGGAAAAAGUUGCAGGUUACGGUGGGUUAAUUACCUGCACCCUGGUCUCAAAAGGGGAAAGAUGACUCCCCAUGAAGAACGCCUCGUCCUUGAACUUCAUGCCAAAUGGGGAAACAGGUGGUCGAGAAUUGCUCGAAAAUUACCAGGGCGUACUGACAACGAGAUUAAGAACUAUUGGAGAACCCAUAUGAGAAAAACGGCUCAAGAAAAGAAACGGGCCAUCCCCAUCUCACCAUCUUCAUCAUCUUCAAAUUGUCAUUCAUCAUCAUCAACUGUUACUACAGUCGAUUCCUUGCCCUCCUCUGGUACUGGAAAUAUUGUAAGCUUUUAUGACACUGGGGGCCUUGACAUGGCAGGAAAGAAAAACAGUCCAGAAUUUGAAGAUGGAAAUGGCUACUCCAUGGAUGAUAUAUGGAAAGACAUUGAUAUGCCUGAAGAAGACACAAUAAUAAAACCUCUGCCUGAUAACUACAGUCAACAAGGUUGCAAUUUUUCAUGGGAAUACUGCUGGGACUCACUGUGGAAGAUGGAUGAUGAAGAAGAGAGUAAGAUGUUCUUCCCACCCAAUCAACUUGUUUCUUGUUUCGAUUUUGGGACAGAAUCUGUAACAGGCUAAUUAGACAAAAAAAUUUUCAUUUAUUUGUUUCAUACUGUAAUACUAGUAUUUUGCUAGGGAAAAUCUAACCUGUAUAUAGCUGGGUUUUCUCUAAGCUUUUCUGAGCAACAGUCCUGCAUAUCACUGUAAUAAUAUAUCAUCGUCGCUGUAGCUUGUGUGAUUUAAAACUCUAAUUAGUCCUCAGAGAGGAAGAGACUUGUUAUGUUAAUGGAUGUAUGUUAUAAAAUUCUCCCUUUUUAUCUUAAAA